GCCUUCCACCGCCAUAUUGGGCCACUAAAGCAGGGGGCUCGUCUUUUCGGGGUGUUUUUCUCCCCCUCCCCUCUCCGCGCUUGCUCCCGGCUCCGCGACCUCGACGGCGGCAAGGUUUGGAGGGCGGCUGGGUUCGCGGCGCCCGCGGGCUUGCACCAGCCUGGACUCGGGCCGGCUCUGCCCCGCUCCUGCCUCCUCCCCUCCCGUCCCCGCCCUCCCGCUCGCCCGUGCACUUCGGCGGCGGCGGGGACUCGCGGCUGCCUGGCCCGGGCUUCCCCGCUCCCGCCUCCCCAGCCCCUGCGCGCUCCUGAAGCUCGCGCUGUGACUCGUCGCUGUGGGUUUCUCUUGACUCGGAGGGGUUCGCGCUGCGUCGGGGCCGGUUGUUUUGUCCGGUUUUGUUUUUCGAGAGCGCGAGAGAGGCGGUCGGCCAGACCCGGGAGGAAGAUGUCAAACGUGCGGGUGACUAACGGGAGUCCGAGCCUGGAGCGGAUGGACGCCAGACAGGCGGAGCACCCCAAGCCCUCCGCCUGCAGAAACCUCUUCGGCCCGGUGAAUCACGAGGAGUUGGCCCGGGACUUGGAGAAGCACUGCAGAGACAUGGAAGAAGCGAGCCAGCGCAAGUGGAAUUUCGAUUUUCAGAAUCACAAGCCCCUGGAGGGCAAGUACGAGUGGCAAGAGGUGGAGCAGGGCAGCUUGCCUGAGUUUUACUACAGACCCCCGCGGCCCCCCAAGGGCGCCUGCAAGGUGCCGGCGCAGGAGAGCCAGGAUGUCAGCGGGAACCGCCAGGCGGUGUCUUUAAUUGGGUCUCAGGCAAACUCCGAGGACACGCAUGCGGUUGACCAGAAGACUGACCCGUCGGACAGCCAGACGGGCUUAGCGGAGCCGUGCGCUGGGAUCAGGAAGCGACCCGCGGCAGACGAUUCUUCUCCUCAAAACAAAAGAGCCAACAGAACAGAAGAAAAUGUUUCAGACAGUUCCCCGAAUGCCGGUUCUGUGGAGCAGACGCCCAAGAAGCCAGGGCUCAGAAGACAUCAGACGUAAACAGCUUGAAUUCAGAAUAUGUUUCCUUGUUUAUCAGAUACAUCAUGGCUUGAUGAAGCAAGGAAGAUAUACAUGAAACAAUUUAAAUACAUAUCGCUGACUCCAUGGAAUGGACAUCCUGUAUAAGCACUGAGAAGCAACAACACAAUAACACUAAAAUCUUAGGCACUCUUAAAUGAUCUGCCUCUAAAAGCGUUGGAUGUAGCAUUGUGCAAUUAGGUUUUUCCUUAUUUGCUUCAUUGUACUACCUGUGUAAAUAGUUUUUACCAUUUAUGUAGCACAUAAACUUUGGGGAAGGGAGGGCAGGGUGGGGUUGAGGAAUUGGCAUGGGGGGGGUAUGAAGAGUUUGCUUUGACUUACAGCAAGGAGAAAAAUAUUUGACUUGCAUGAAGAGAAGCAAUUUUAGGAAAGGGUUUGAAUUGUUUUCUUUAAAGAUGUAAUGUCCCUUUCAGUGAGAACUGAUACUUCUUUUUAAAAAUUACCAAAAUUUGAACACUGGCUACAAAUAGUUACUAUUUAUUUUUACAAGAAUCGUAUUCUCAUUUGGGAGUUCUGAUGAUUCCGUUAUGUAGCAGCAAAUGGCUUUUUUUUAUUUUUUCUGUUCAAAAAACAGCAACAACAAAAAUGUCCUUCUUAGUGCUCCCCUAGUCUCCCUUAAAGUUGGAAUUUACCAGUUAAUUAUUCAGCAGUUCAGUAAUCACUCCAGGUAAUUCUGGGCAAAAAUCUGGGGUGUAUGGGGGAGUUCUGAAUGCUCAGAAUUCAGCAUCUACAUUUAUCAAAUUUGUUGACAAAAUUUCUUAAUUUUCUUUUCCCUUUGUGCUGUGUAAACACAGUCAAAAUAAUUCUAAUUUCCUGGAUAUUUUUAAAGAUCUGUAAGUAACUUCGCAUUUAAAAGAAUGAAAUAAUUUUUAAUUUAAAGCUUCUCAUUCUGUUUGUUAAUUUGCCCAGAGGAAAGUGGUGUUUUUAAAGAAAGGCACAUGUAGAGAAAAGCACACUGUGGAAUAAGUGAAAUGGAUACUACAUCUUUAAACAGUAUUUUUUCAUUGCCUGUGUAUGUGUAUGGAACAAACAAAACUAUUUGAAGUGUACCUGUGUACAUAACUCUGUAAAGACACUGAAAAAUUAUACUAACUUAUUUAUGUUAAAAAGAGAUUUUUUUUUUUUUUUUAAUCUAGACAAUAUACAAGCCAAAGUGGCAUGUUUGUGCAUUUGUAAAUGCUGUAUUGGGUAGAAUAGGUUUUUCUUCUUUUCUGUUAAAUAAUAUGGCUAUGCUUAUGAGGUUGCAUACUGAGCCAAGUAUAAUUUUUUGUAAUGUGUGAAAAAGAUGCCAAUUAUUGUUACAUAUCAAGCAAUCAAUAAAGAAAACUUCC